AUGAUGUUCAGCAGGAGCAGUCCGUUGUCAUGGAGCGACUGUGGUGCGGAACUCAGAGCCCCAGCUUCCACUGAUAUCUCAGUGACAUGUGGCACCAUGUCAAUUGACCUGGCCAUCCUCAUCUGUCCUGCCAUGUACUGUGGUUACAAUGAGUCGCUUCUCAUCCUCAACGGCGUAGUGGAUGACCCAGCCUGCAAGGGAACCCUAGACGACAGUGUUAGCCCGCGUGUUUUACGGUUCAACUUCUCCAUCAACAAGGUCAACUCUUGUGGCAGUGUCUUCAAAACAAUCAGUGCUCCAGGCACAGGGAUCUUCAACGACUUCUCCAACGUCCAGACGGUGAACAUCAGCGGUUUGGUCCUCUCAUCGGACCCCAGCACAGGGACAGUUUCUUACAAAAGCAAGCUGAAGUACUUCUUCUCCUGUGCCUAUCCCCUGCAGUACAUUACUUACAACUCCCAGAUCAGUGUGUCUGCCUCUUCCAUCUCAGUCCAGGACAGCAACGGAACAUUUACCAGUACUUUGAGCGUGGGGCUGUUUACUGACGCCAGUUUCACUAUACCCAUGGUCUUUCCCAAAAUGGGUGUGGGGCUGAAGACCCCGAUCUACACUCAAGUCAAGGCCACCAACCUGAGUACCAAUUACCAUGUGUUCCUGCAUCGAUGCUAUGCCACGGUUACUCCCCUGUCCCAAAGCUCCAUGACCUAUGACCUCUUUGUGCCUUGCUCCUUGCGCAAGAACACAAUCAUUCACCAGAACGGGAAUGGCCACCAUGCUCGCUUCUCCUUUCCAGCCUUCCGCUUUAUAGAGCAGCAGAAUAGGAAGACGUCCACUUACUUCAUCCACUGCCUCAUCCGUCUCUGUGAGAGGGGCAGCUGUGCUAUCCUACUCCAGUGUAAGAACCGGAGGAGAAGGACUGCUGUUUCUGGUGCCCAAGAUGAGCAGACUGAGUUCAUGACCGUUAGUUCACCUGCCAUCAUGAUCAGAGCCGACGGUGUCCUGUCAUCAGAGGAACAGAUUGGCACCAAUGACGGUUUCAACAUUCACAGGAUAAAACGUUUUUUUCCCUCAAUGGCAGUGGGUGUCAUUGGCUUUGCUUUCAUCGUCGUCAUCAUCAUUGUAAUAGCAACCAUCGUCUAUGGACGGUUCAAGGCUCAAACAUGUCAGAACCAAGUGUAG